UUUCAUAUUUUAAAUAUAGAUGGACCCAGAUAGCAUUCUUGUAAAGUCUUUAUAUAAUUGAAAGUCUUCACCAGACAUUGCAAAUAGUAUUCCUACUAAGAAGAGGGAGAACUCACAGAUUGAUCACGAUUUAUCAAGCCAUCACAGGAUCUUAGAGGAGGAGCUUGGAAGCGAUAUCCCUUCACUCAAAAGAAUGAACCAGUAUGAUUCAACAGAACAGAACUCUAUUGAAGGUAGUUUUGGUAUAUUCAAUAAUCUGAAUCCUCUUGGUCGGCUCAGAAAUGCAGAGCAAAGUGUUUCUCCAGCUGAAGAAUGUAGGAUUAUCAAAACCAAUGGCAAUUAUGAUAAUAGAGGCAAAAACCAGCCUCCUCUUCUGGCCAAUAUGAUUGUGAAAGACAAAAGAAGUGUCAAGAAGAAAAUUAAGAAGAGAAAUCAUCAGUCUAAUCAAUUGUCCCAAAUGACAAGUCAGAUGACAGGAUCAAUGGAUAUGAUCUCUCAAAGUGACUUCCAUCCUCCUUCUCAGAAGGAACAAUUCAGCUCAGUGAGAGCGAGCAGAAGAGCCAACUGAAGUGGAAGUAGAGGUCUGAAUGAUGAAGACUGAGAGAUUGUAAACCCAAUGAUUCUUAGAACUAUUCAGCACAGAGGUCCAGAUCAAUCUGAUAGUUUCGAUAUCCCAAACAUCUCUCAUUCCCAUUCUGUACAAAUCCGCAAGUUGAUGAACAAACUUCAGACCCGACUUGAGGAAGAAAUGUCGGAUAAAUUUCAUGAAAUGGAGAGGAAAAUUAAAGCUUUACAAGCAGAGAGUGAGAUUACCACUCAGACUCUAACAAAAUCUGAGAUAAAAAGACUCAUAAGGGAUGAAAAAGACAACAUUAUUGAGGAGCUUAAGCAUCACCAAAAAGGCACAAUCAGGAAGGAGAUUGGACAUAAUGUUCGAGCUGAAUUUCAAGAACUUGAGAAGAAAGUUUCCAUAAAGCUAGAUUCUAGUUACCAGGAAAACUUUGAAGCAAUCAAGUUCCUUAGUGAUAAAGUUAAGCAAUGUAUUGAGCAGAGCAGAGCACAGAGGGAUUUCUCAAGAGAACUCACUUGCCUGAAGAACAGGAUCAAUGAGAUCAGCAGAAAUGUAAAUAGCCGCCAAGGUAGAGCAUUUAUCUCUGCAGAGAAAACAACUCAAGAUCUUGUAUGGGAAAAAGUUGACAACAAGCUAGAUAAGAUUUAUGAAUUUCAGCAAAAGAUUGGUGAUUCAGAAUCAAACACUGAAGAAAGCAAAAAGGCUUACAAUCAAUUUGGAGAUGCUAUCGUAGGACUUGUCAAGAACUUAGUUAAAGGAAAUCAGGAAGAAAGAGAUCAUGAAAUCUAUGAUUUCAACAACAUGAUUAGCUGUCUAAACAGUAGUAUUGAUAAAAUCCAGAAUAAGAGUAAUGACUCUGAAGCCAACUUCCUCUCACAAGACAAGAAUAUGUCUGAAGAAGUCUUUGGAAAAGUCAUGGAUAGGAUGUCCAUUCUGGUGGACAAGUGGAAUAAACAUGAUGAAAAGACCCUGACACGUUGUGGAACAGACAAAGACAAACUUCCUUGUGAUCGUGAGAUAGAAAUGUCUGAAGAUAGACAGUUCCUCGAAGAUGUAUCCCAUGUCUGGGAGGCUAAAUUCACAGAACUUACUGAAGAAAUCAAUGAGAUAAAGACUUCUGCCAAUGAAGAGUUUGGGAAUGUUCAUGACAUAAUUGAAAACCUCCAAGGAGAAGUUGAGAUCUUAAAGGAGAAAGAACCUCAGACUGCAGACCUAGACUCGAUUCAAGAGAAUAUGAAGUCAAAAUUUGAGUUCUUCGCUAAGAACAUCAACGAUAUAUACUCACUAAUGGAUAUUAUCAAGAAGAAAUUGAAGGCUAAAACCCAGUCAAAGGACGACGAGGUAGUUCUUUCUAAGUUAAACGACUACGGAAAGAGUAUAAAGAACCUAAAUAGCCUUUAUCAAGGCGCCUCUGAGAUUAACUCAUUCUGUAAAAAGACCAUCAUAGAUACAAACAAAAAGGUUAACUUGUUUAUCAUGAGCAUGUCUGAGUUAAUGGACAAAGGUGGAAAUCUCACUCAAGAAGAUCUUAACGCAAUAGCUCUUAAAGUCAAAGAAUCAAAUGUCAAUGAACAUGGUUCCGGAGACGACAUCAAAAUCUUUGACCAUAUUGACAUUAUGAAACAAGGAUUUAACAAAUGGAAAAAUGCAAAUAUCAAGAAAAUUCAAGAAAUCCAAGACAUAGAGAAUAAAGAUGUUGAAAUGCUACUUGACAAGAUUCACAGAUUACAGCUUACAACAAGAUCCCUGUCUGCCACUAGAAGUCAAAGUAAUAGUAGGACUGGCAGCAGAGUCAACAGUAGAGCUGAACUUCCAAGAUAUGAAGAACAAGAAGUUAGAGCAGGAGUAAAUACAAGCAUUAAAGUAAAGGAUGGAUCAUACAGCGACUCUUACUCGUCUAACAAUGAUAGAAAAACUGAUGUCAUCGUAUUGUCAGAGAAGGAUAUAAACAGAGAUACCUCUUCACAAUACACAGAGGAUAGCCAAAGUUAUAACCUGACUCCAGAGCUGAUCCAAGAUCUUUGUAUAAAGAAGUCAUCCUCAAAAGAGUCUGGCAAACCUCCUCUGAACUACAUUCCCUUUGAUGCUGAUGGGAAUGACAUAAGUUUUGCUAAGAAGAGCAGUUCUAAAGCCAGUACAAUAGCAAUUCAAGGAGGUAUGAAAAGGAGUUAUGAUCGUCUGGACAGCCGAGAGAAAAGAAAUAUCUUCGCUAAGCCAAAGUCUACUAACUCCCAAAACCGGGAACAGAGAGAAAGCAACAAAGAGAACGGUCUAAUGGCUGUAGCAAUGAAAGGUGUAGGUAGAAUUUAA